GUUCAGAAGCGCUGACGGAGAGUCUGCCCAAGCGUUUGACUGGGGAGCAGCGUCGAUAUACACACAACUCAAAUACAGAACAUAAUGGCUUCCAUGCUGCUGACCUCGAUGCGUAGCUGCCCAGUCAGCCCUGCCUGGGCAGUGCAGUUUGCUGCGCGCUCUCUCAGUACGUCAGCACAGCUGCAGGCUCAGGUUCAGACAAAGAGCAAGAAGACUCUGGCCCGACCUGGUCUGAAGAACAUAGUACUGGUCGAAGGAGUCCGAACCCCUUUCCUACUGUCUGGAACCACGUAUGCUGACCUAAUGCCCCAUGACUUGGCCAGAGCAGCUCUACAGGGUCUGCUGCACAAGACAGCUCUUCCCAAAGACGCCGUAGACUACAUCAUCUAUGGAACAGUCAUUCAGGAGGUCAAGACAAGCAAUGUAGCAAGAGAGGCAGCACUGGGUGCAGGCUUCUCUGACAAGAUCCCAGCUCACACCGUCACCAUGGCCUGCAUCUCCUCCAACCAAGCUAUGACCUCAGCUGUUGGUCUGAUUGCUGCAGGCCAGUGUGAUGCCGUUGUGGCAGGGGGAGUGGAGUUCAUGUCCGAUGUUCCUAUCCGUCACAGCCGCAAGAUGAGGAAGACCAUGUUGUCCCUCAACAAGGCAAAGACCUUUGGCCAGAGGCUCAGUUUGAUUGGCAGCAUCCGGCUGGCGCACCUCUCCCCAGAGCUUCCUGCUGUGGCUGAGUUCUCUACAGCUGAAACAAUGGGCCACAGUGCUGACCGUCUAGCAGCUGCAUUCGGGGUCUCCAGAGUGGAGCAGGAUGAGUUUGCUCUGCGAUCACACGGUCUGGCCAAAAAGGCCCAGGACGCAGGGCUGCUGGAGGAUGUCAUCUCCUUCAAAGUGCCAGGUCGUGAUAUUGUUUCCAAGGACAACGGCAUCCGCCCGUCCUCCAUGGAGCAGAUGGCCAAACUGAAACCAGCCUUCAUUAAACCUCACGGCACAGUGACUGCCGCCAACUCCUCCUUCCUGACUGACGGUGCCUCUGCUGUGCUCAUCAUGUCCGAAGAGAAAGCCUUGGCUAUGGGUUACAAGCCUAAAGCCUACCUCAGAGACUUUGUCUACGUGUCUCAGGACCCCAAAGAUCAGCUGCUUUUGGGGCCAACAUACGGUACACCCAAAGUCCUGGAACGUGCCGGGUUGAGCAUGAGUGACAUUGACGUCUUUGAGUUCCACGAGGCAUUCGCAGGCCAGAUAAUGGCAAAUCUGAAGGCUAUGGACUCAGAUUGGUUCGCCCAGACGUAUAUGGGCAGGAAAUCAAAGGUGGGGACUCCUCCCAUGGAGAAGUUCAACCUGUGGGGAGGCUCUCUGUCUUUGGGUCACCCAUUCGGAGCCACAGGCUGCAGGCUGGUAACCACAGUUGCGCACCGUCUGAAGAAGGAGGGAGGACAGUACGGACUGGUGGCGGCUUGUGCUGCUGGAGGACAGGGUCAUGCCAUGGUGAUCGAGGCCUACCCCCACUAAAACACGUGCAUUAUCAUUUGUAACCUGAUCUUCAGCUUCAUCGUGACGGCUACACAAGUGACUAACAUCCAGACAACAGAGUGUACAUACUAGCACCACUUUGCCUUGAUCAGACAGGAGUCGGAUUCAGAAUGUGACUGUGUGUGUGUGUGUGUGAGGAACUUUGCGUAAAUUCAACUUUGCAUAGAGGCUGUUAAUUUAUAGCAGAAUAAUGUUGAAGGAUGCCGCAUUUGAUUUUAUAGACUUUGGAGCGCGUCAUGAUGCCGUUUUGAGUCUAAUGUAACAUAGCAAAGAUUAAGCACUCAGACCAGCUACAGUGAUGCUGAUGUUUAUAAACGCUGUAAUAUUUUUUUCUUACAAACUGUUGAAAUUAAACGUUGUGAUGACGACCACACUGUAACGUA